GCCUAACUUUUGUCAAUAAAAAAUAUCGAUUUAUAUGUAACUUGGCAUGCUCUAUCUAAUGAGCAUAGUGAGAUCCACCCGGCCAAAACUUUUGUAUAAAGCGGGCGGACCUGCGUGGAAACACCCAUAUAUAAGAUCUUGUAAAGACAUCUUUUACUGUACACGUUUUUCUUAUUUGAAUUUUUCUAUUGUUGAAUAUAACAUACAGGUAAAACAGUCGAUUAUAAGGCCGAAAAGGUUUUUUCACUCCGUAACAUAUCUUGUGAUCGUUUUUCUUUGUUUUCAGAUAAAUAUGGCAAAUAAGUCUAAUAAUAGUUCACCUGACACUUCAGAUGAUGAAGUACGUUACACAUCAGCUGACCUAGACCAAAGUUAUGCUGAUGUAUUGGAUAGUUCAAGUGAUAAUGAUGAUAAUAAUAUAUCAAACGGUUCUGGUCUAUCUGAUGAAUCAGAUGACGUUACUGAAAGCAAUAAGGAUGAUAAUGAAAAUUUGAAUGCUGAUUCAAUAACGGAUGUUACAAGAGUCGAAACAUGGUCUGAAACAACACUUGAACCUAAUUUACCUUAUUAUGAUGGUGAACUAAAAUUACCACAAAAUAUAGCAUUAGCAUUACCAUAA